AUGCUACGACUCCCAAAGAACUUGCCAAUCCACAGACCAAUCCUUCGGUCCUGCGCUUCCACUCCAAACCUUCAAUUGAGGACCUUAACUUCUCCAGCCGCAGCAGCGCUGGACUACCACUGCCAACAACCACGUCAAAAAGAUGUCAAUCACCACCACCACCGUCAUCAGAACGAAUACACCCGUCUUCAAAACCGUAGUGUUCAUGUUUCAUCAAUUCACCAUGAACCACCGGUAGUACCACCCUCAAUUCUUCAACCUUCUUCAACUAUCUCGUCAUUUUCUCCACCUCCAACUUCUUCAGCUUCAUCAUCUUCUUCUCAAUCAUCAUACCACCAUGGAGUUUCAGCAAAUAUCUUCCUUUCUUCAUUAAUCAACGGAGGAAUCGACAUAACCCCUUCCGGCACAAAAGCACUCUCCCAAAUCCUCUCACCGAUCCCAUUCACCAACAUCUCCUCGUCAUGGUUGAAAUCCGUAGAUUCAGCAAUUCUAACAUCCCACCUAAACUGUCCAACCGCAGACCACACGAACCGUGCUAACGGGAAGAAAAUACAACCCCAAUGGUCGUCAAGAUCUUGGAAGGAUUGGGUCAAAUAUCAGGUUGAUGUGUUAGCGGAGAGGUUCGUGGCGAUGGAAGGAUGGGAUGGGGUUCAUAAUUUGGAGUAUUGGCUCGGGGAUGAUGGAUUGGUCGUUAAGGGUGAUGAAGAGGUUAGAAGGAUUUUGGAGGUUUUGGUUAGGAAUGGGUGGGUUGUGGCUGUGGCUGAGGAAGGUGCGGAUGGGGUUUAUGAGGUUGUUAGGCCUGGGAAGGUGGGACGGUUUGAGGCGGAUAGGUUCACGUUUUGA